AUGGCCCUGGAAAGCCCAGUGCUGCUGAGACUUCCCCGCGGCCUCGACCAAACCGAGUUUGUCCUCCUUCAUAUAUCUUCCGAAGGCCACAGGCCACUUGAUCUCAAGCUUGUUGGGACGGAAAAUGAAACUGUUUUCAAGAUUAUAUUAGAGCACGAUCGAACCUCAUCUCUCAAGGACUCCAAGUCAAAACUCAAUCAGGAACAAUGGGACGCGGUAUUAUCUACGAUUUUGCUUGGCGCAGUGCUAGAAGAGGAGCACAAGGCUAUUUUACAAGGCGUGGAGGCUGUUGCGAAAGUCGAGUCCGGGGAGAAUAGACUAUCCAUCACUAUACAAAGGCGCAUCGAGGGGAUCACGCAACGUCUCGGUUCCCUAAUCCUGCAAGAAACCGAAGAUGAAGAACCCGACCUCUUCGAAUGGUGUGGACAGGCUGUUGAAUCGAAGAGAAUAUCUACCACGGAAUUGCAGGCAUUAAAGUCGAUCAUAAAAUCCAAGGACGAACAAUUCAAAAAACUCGAGGAGAGCUUUGCAGAACUGGUUGACCUGAAGAAUGGGCAUGAGAAAUCACUAUUCGAAAAGUUUUCCUUGUUACUAAAUGAAAAGAAACUCAAGAUUAGAGACCAGCAGCGUUUACUAGCCAGCUCGAAUGUCGAUCCUGCCAAACUGGAAGCUUUAGAGGCAAUCAGAAGAGAUUCCGGAUCACGGUCUGCUGGGCCGUCGAGGAAGGGUAAACGGAAGGCCGACGAAAACAUAGAGGAGAAUGAGUCAGAUGAAGGAUUUGAGAAAAUGGAUGUCGACCAGGAACCACCGCAUGAUUCGGAAGACGAAGACCAAAGACAAAGAACACCUGAUGCAGAAUCGACAGCGGAUGAAACAGAGUCAGAAGGUGAAGCACCACCGUCAUCUCCACCUAGGAGAAAGACUGUUGAGACGAAAAGCGGUGGUCAGACUACAGUACAGUCCUCAUCUAGCACGGUAGAGGCUGACGCUCCUCCGUCAAAACGAAAUCUGCCGGAGCGGAGUAAUGUCUCAAAAGCAGUGAGACAUUCUCCGCCACCCAAAUCUGCACCUAUUCUUGAUGGAUCGGAGACUGAGUCGGACGAUGACGAAUUAUGA